AUGUUGAUAAAAGACAAUGAUUCUAACGAUGUGGCAACGAAAAGGGAGCCAUUAGAGGAAGAACUUGAAGAAAUUAAGGAAUAUCAUUUCCAUGUAUAUUUCUUUCAGAAUAAUAAAAAAGAUUGUGAAGCCGCAAUUGCAUUACGUGAAAAGAUACUCGAAUUAACCAAGAAAGGGUUCUUUCAUCCUGUUCCUUUUCAUAGAGUUAAUUACCAACCUAUGGGGUCAUAUGAAGUUUGGUGUCCAAAAGAACACUUUUCACGAGUUUACUCGUGGUUCCUUCUUCAUCGUGGAGAUCUUUCUAUACUCAUUCAUCCAUUGACCAAAGAGCAAGUUAAGGAUCAUACGUCUCGAAGUGCUUGGAUUGGACCAUCUAUUCCGUUAGAUGUUGAAAAGCUCCCACCGAUUUUAAAAAAGACUCCUUUACAAUAUCCAGAGUUGGGGUUAGGUUAUUCAGCUCCCACUGAUUAUUUAGAUUCCAAUGAAUAUGCAGUCUUCGAGGAUGACUUAGCUUCCAAUAAUGAUUAA